UUCCGCCCGGCGGUCCUCUGGGUCCCGCGACACGCUUCCGAGUUCUAACUGCGCACGUGCAGCCACUGCUCAGUACAACCUGCUAGCGCGGCUCUGCAAAUAUGUCGCACUUACAGAUGAAACUCCUGCGCAAGAAGAUCGAGAAGCGGAACAUCAAGCUGCGGCAGCGAAAUCUGAAGCUGCAAGAAGCAUCAAACACGAGCCUAUCACAACCUUCCAAUGAAGAUGUGCCCAAAGAAGAGGUAAAGGUCAGAAAAGUUAAGAAAGCCGUAAAGCAUGCUGUGAAGGUGGGCUCAGCAGAAGCACAAAGUGGAGGCAUGCCUGAAGAGACAGCGGAAAACUCGAAAGUUGAAAGGUUACCCCAGAAACCUACCACUUUAACCAAUGGAGAAAAAGCAGCAACACCAUCUCCUGAUUCAGAAUCAAAAAAGAAAAAGAAGAAGAAAAAGAGGAAAAUGGCGAAUGACACGGAGCCUGACACCAAAAAAGCAAAAACUGAAGAAAGCACUGUGGCUCUUGAGGAAGCAGAAGAUGCUGUGGAGAAGGCAGAUGACAAGGAAGUGCCCAGCCUGCCCCUAGGGCUGACAGGGGCCUUUGAGGACACUUCGUUUGCUUCCUUGUCUAACCUCGUCAAUGAAAACACUCUGAAGGCUAUAGAAGAAAUGGGCUUCAAGCGCAUGACUGAGAUCCAACAUAAAAGUAUCAGGCCACUUCUGGAAGGCAGGGAUCUUCUAGCAGCUGCUAAAACCGGCAGUGGCAAAACACUGGCUUUCCUCAUCCCUGUGAUCGAGCUCAUUGUGAAGUUGAAGUUCAUGCCCAGGAAUGGAACGGGCGUCCUGAUCCUCUCUCCGACCAGAGAACUGGCCAUGCAGACCUUCGGUGUUCUUAAGGAGCUGAUGACACACCAUGUUCACACGUACGGGCUGAUCAUGGGUGGCAGUAACAGGUCUGCCGAAGCGCAGAAGCUCACCAAUGGCAUCAACAUUGUUGUGGCCACCCCUGGCCGGCUUCUAGACCACAUGCAGAAUACUCCGGGGUUCAUGUACAAGAACCUCCAGUGUCUCGUUAUUGAUGAGGCUGAUCGUAUCUUGGAUGUUGGAUUUGAAGAAGAAUUAAAGCAAAUUAUUAAACUUUUGCCAGUACGCAGGCAAACAAUGCUCUUUUCUGCCACACAAACUCGAAAAGUUGAAGACUUGGCAAGAAUUUCUCUGAAAAAGGAGCCAUUGUAUGUGGGUGUUGAUGACGAUAAAGAGGUUGCCACAGUGGAUGGACUUGAACAGGGAUAUGUUGUGUGUCCCUCUGAGAAGAGGUUCCUUCUGCUCUUCACAUUCCUUAAGAAGAACCGGAAGAAGAAAGUGAUGGUCUUCUUUUCGUCGUGUAUGUCUGUGAAGUACCACUACGAGCUACUGAACUACAUCGACUUGCCUGUCUUGGCCAUCCAUGGAAGGCAAAAGCAAAAUAAGCGAACAACCACGUUCUUCCAAUUCUGCAACGCAGAUUCAGGGAUACUGCUGUGCACAGAUGUGGCAGCCAGAGGGCUGGACAUCCCUGAAGUCGACUGGAUUGUUCAGUAUGACCCUCCUGAUGACCCCAAGGAGUACAUUCAUCGUGUGGGUAGAACGGCUCGGGGCCUGAAUGGAAGAGGGCAUGCCCUGCUCAUCCUGCGCCCUGAAGAGUUGGGUUUCCUUCGUUACUUGAAGCAAUCCAAGGUUCCACUGAAUCAGUUCGACUUUUCCUGGUCUAAAGUUUCUGAUAUUCAGUCUCAGCUGGAAAAGCUGAUCGAAAAGAACUAUUUUCUCCAUAAGUCCGCGCAGGAAGCAUACAAGUCCUACAUACGAGCCUACGACUCCCACUCUCUCAAGCAGAUCUUUGAUGUGAACAACUUAAACUUGCCUCAGGUGGCUCUGUCCUUUGGCUUUAAGGUUCCUCCCUUCGUUGAUCUGAACGUGAACAGCAAUGAUGGCAAGCUUAAAAAGAGAGGAGGUGGCGGUGGAUUUGGCUACCAGAAAACAAAGAAAGUGGAGAAGUCCAAGAUCUUUAAACACAUCAGCAAGAAGACAGUGGACCGCAGGCAGUUUUCUCACUGACGGGAAUGGCUGUCCACCUGGACUGUGCCCUAAUUUCCCCUUUCUCUUUAAGAAGGAACUUUUUAAAAUCACCUUUAGGAUCUUUUUGUCUUUACUAUGAAUGAUAAUUUUUAUUUUUAAAUACUCCCAUAAAAAAAAGUGUCAUUGUUUUAA